GUACCAAGAUGACUUUGUACGUGGAUGAAAAAAAAAACAAAGUGAACAAAUUUCCCAUGGAUCCAAUCAAUGUGAUUGAUAUUUGAUUUUAUCCGUGAUAAUAAAAAUCCUCUACAAAGCUGCCCUCUCGUGAUCCAAAAGGCCACAGGUGUUCAACAACACACACAGAUCUAAACACAAACACAUCUUUCCUUUUCACUUUCUCCGAUCGCAACAAUGUCUUCAGGUUCAGGAUUCAGCGGUGAUGAAACCGCCCCCUUCUUCGGUUUCCUCGGCGCUGCUGCCGCCCUCGUCUUCUCCUGUAUGGGGGCUGCAUAUGGGACUGCUAAGAGUGGUGUAGGUGUGGCGUCGAUGGGGGUGAUGAGGCCGGAGCUGGUGAUGAAGUCGAUUGUGCCGGUUGUUAUGGCUGGUGUGCUUGGUAUUUAUGGUUUGAUUAUUGCUGUUAUUAUUAGCACUGGGAUUAACCCUAAGGCGAAAUCGUAUUAUCUGUUUGAUGGCUAUGCGCAUCUUUCGUCUGGUUUGGCUUGUGGUCUUGCUGGUUUGUCUGCUGGAAUGGCGAUCGGGAUUGUUGGUGAUGCUGGUGUUAGAGCGAAUGCACAGCAACCAAAGCUUUUUGUGGGUAUGAUUCUUAUUCUCAUCUUUGCUGAAGCUCUUGCCCUAUACGGGCUUAUUGUCGGUAUCAUCUUAUCUUCGCGUGCUGGCCAAUCGAGAGCAGAUUAAGAAGGUAACCCGACAAUGAUCGCGGACUUGUUUCUAUAUUCUCUAUCUGUUUAUUGUUUGUUAUCAUAAAUGACGACCAUUUUUUUAUAUCCCAUGUUUUGAACUUAAGUUAUUGCAUUAUUUUUCAUAAUUUCUUGAUGGAACUCCUAGUGAUCUUAUUAUUAGUGUUUAUGAUGUUACUGUAGAAUAAGGCCAUAAUUUUGGUCAAGACUUUUGUUCAUCGGUGUAAUUGUUACAAUCAUGAUUCAAUAGCCCUUUGCACUCACAAA